CUCCACAGGUGUAGGAUGAGGGUGACGGAGCCCCAAACGCUGCUCCUGCUGCUCUUUGGAGCCCUGGCCCUGACAGAGACUUCAGCGGGCUCCCACUCCAUGAGGUAUUUUGAAACCUCCGUGUCCCGGCCGGACCGCGGGGAGCCCCGGUACUUGGAGGUGGGCUACGUUGACGACUCGCAGUUCGUGCGCUUCGACAGCGACGCCGCGACCCCGAGGAUGGGGCCGCGGGCGCCUUGGAUAAAACAGGAGGGGCCAGAGUAUUGGGAGGAGGAAACCCAGAGAGCCCAGAGCUACGCGCAGAGCUACCAAGUGAACCUGAUCACCCUGCUAGCCUACUACAACCAGAGCAAGGGUGGCUCUCACACCAUCCAGAGGAUGUAUGGCUGUGACAUGGGGACAGACGGGCUCCUCCUCCGCGGGUUCAGCCAGAUAGCCUAUGAUGGCUCUGAUUACAUCGCCCUGAAUGAGGACUUGCGCUCCUGGACCGCAGCGGACAUGGCGGCUCAGAUCACCAAGAGGAAGUGGGAGGCCGCCGGUUUUGCGGAGAGUUUCAGGGCCUACCUGGAGGGCACCUGUGUGGAGUGGCUCGCCAGAUACCUGGAGAAUGGGAAGGAGACGCUGCAGCGUGCAGACCCCCCAAAGACACAUGUAACCCACCACCCUAUCCCUGAAGGAGAUGUCACUUUGAGGUGCUGGGCCCUGGGAUUCUACCCUAAGGAGAUCACCCUGAACUGGCAACGAGAUGGGGAGGACCAGACACAGGACAUGGAGCUUGUGGAGACCAGGCCUUCAGGGGAUGGAAACUUCCAGAAAUGGGCAGCUGUGGUGGUGCCUGCUGGAGAGGAGCAGAGAUACACCUGCCAUGUGCACCAUGAGGGGCUGCCUGAGCCCCUCACCCUGAGAUGGGAGCCACCCUCUCAGCCCACCAUCCCCAUCAUGGGAAUUGUUGCUGGUGUGGUUCUCCUUGGAGCUGUUCUUACUGGAGCUCUGGUUGCUUUUGUCUUGUGGAAGAAGAAGAACACAGGUGUAAAAAAAGGGAAGUAUGCACCUACUGCCUGUAAGUAUGAAGAACAGUGAUCCCUGAAACCCUUGGAAUAGUGUAGUGAGGAGCAAUGGGAGAGCUGAUCCAUCCCAUAAUUCCUCCAUUAUCCACAUCUCCUGUGGACUCUAAGUUCUGCUUUUGUUCUGCCCAGAUAAUGACAGUGCCCAGGGCUCUGAUGUGUCUCUCAAUGCUUGAAAAGUUCCUUACUGGGAAUUCAAGGAGUCUUGACUUCUCUGUGUGCAACUGGCAUCUAACUAUGUCUAAUGUCUGAGCUCCUAUCAGCAUAAUGUGAGGAAAUGGACAGAAGAGCCCAUCCUGGAGCACUGAGACCCCUCCCUACACUUUUCUGUUCUCUUCUUCAUUCAGCUUUCCUGUGUAGCAGAUGUGGGGCUUGGAUGUGUCCAUUUUUGAUUUAGCUUUAUGUUGCCCUGAACUGUAGUCUGUUCCUUCUCUAUUGAAAAAUAGAAUGUGGAUAUUGAUUUGUAUUUUAAAUUUGUGACAUAGUCAAUUGGUUAGUUAAAUUAAGGGAAAAUUCCUAAAGUUUAUAAGAGAAAAUAAAACCUGAGUCAGGCAUGGUUGUGUAUGCCUGUAAUCCCAGUGGCUCAGGAGGCUGAGGCAGAAGGAUAGCAAGUUCAAAGCCAGCUUCAGCAACUUAGUGAACUCCUAAGCAACUCACCAAAUCCCCAUCUCUAAGCAAAAUAUAUAAAGGACUAGGGAUGAGCUCAAUGGUUCAGUGCCUCU